AUGAUGCUGGAUGCCAAGUCCAGAGAGAUGGCAGGGCGAUCCUUCAUGCAGCCAUCUACACAAGUCAGUGAAGUGACUGAUACCAGGAUGGAGGCGAUUCUCUUGAAGAUUGAAGAAACACACCGGCAACAUCAACAGACAUUGUUGCAAGUGCUUUCCACUGUGCAAAACUUGAGUGCAACGGGAGUGCCUUCCCGACACUCGGUCCCAAGAAUGAGCGAUCCAAUUGGCACUAUCAAAUCCCCAGAGCGGCAUUCUGUCCGAAAGAAAUCAGGCCCAACUUCGUCACCAUCACAAACACCUGGGAGAGUUCCUAGCUUUUUUGAAAUGCAAAGUGCAGUGCUCCGUGAACUUGGUGCUCUUUAUGAUUCAUCGCAGGCUGGGGAUGCAGGCCGCUCAGGGCAAUCCGCAAGCUUUCACACCACAUGCUCAUUCGACGAGGGUGGGGCUUCAAUCGUUCCAGUACCACGCCCCCGCACAUUCCUCCAGGAGGAUGGGCCGCAGGAGUCUUUGCCUGGCAUGAUUCGUGAAGACCGUCACUUGAGCCUUCCAAGGCCAAAUCGUGGAUCUCACAUGGGAUCCAUCAGCAAGACGGCACAGGCACAAAUCUUGGAGUCGCAUUCCAAUUUGUCUCCUGUGGUGGACGAAGUUGACAGAACCCGCAGUGUGAGGAUGAUGGCAGACCAUCCAGUCUUGCUGCACCUUCUGAUUGGGAUACCAGCGCUUUGUGACGUGGCGUCAGCGAUAAUUCUGGGUUGGAAGUACCCGAAUUUGAGCUUCAAUGGAUUCACGGUGGCAACUUUGCUGAUCUACAGUGUGUUGGCCACGUUCUGCGUCUUCAUGCUGGGAAAUGCCCUCAGGUCAUCCGACCUGCAUUUAGCCACCACACGACUCCACAUUUUCGUUUCGGAUUUCAAGAUUCGCUGGAGCGAAGUAUCAGGCCAAGAAUGGCGAAAGUACCUCGCGGCCUGGUGCUCGAUGUUGCUCCUUUUUGUGGCGACUCAAGCGCUGGAGACAAACUUUGUCAACCAUACCGCGAAUGGGGACGACAUGCUUUUUUGGGCUACUCUGAAUCAGGCCAUCUCUGUGGUCAGCUUCUCCAUCUCCAGCGCGGUGAUCUUUUUGUCAGCAUAUGUUCAGAGUCACCUUCUGUUAGGAUUGGACAAGAGCCUGGAUUGCUGGUGUUGUCAGAUAGUGAAUCACAUGAACUUCCCGGUUGGCGUUGAGAGUUGGAAUGCCAUGCAAGCCUUGUUGAAGUGCGUCGGCCGAGAACUGGCGGGGAGCUUUGUGGCUUUGCAAGGCCUUGCAUCCAUUGGCUUCAUGUACUUCUUGGUGAGUGGCGUAACUAUGGCCUUCCGUGCUGAGUUCCAGUUCAUGCCUUUCUUCAUCGAGUGUUUGUCCUCUUUGCCGCUGCCCUUCCUUUUCUUGCUCGGGAUGCGUGUUUGCGCCCACGGUGCCGACUUGACGGAGAAAUGUCGGGCUAUGCCGGCUUUCGUGAAUCAGAUCCCAACCAAUGUGCUGAUUGACGUGGAACGACAGUACUUGGUGCGCUUCAUAGCAGACAGCUCGCCAGGCUUCACGGUCAGGGAUGUGAAACUCACCCGUGAGGAGCCCAUUUAUGCAGCUCGACGAGUGCAGGAUCUGGCCUUGCGGGAGGGCAGGUGCCACCUUGGCGCAUCGGUUGCAACAGAACCUGACCUCUUCUUUCUGAAGCAGGUCAUUGGCUUUGGCAAUGCUUGCGGAACAAUAGCAUGCUUGCAUGCCAUUUCCAACUGCAGAGCCUGGAUUUCGUUGCGUGGUCCUUUGGAGACCUUCGUUUGCUCACAGGCCUCGGCAAGCCCAAAGCAUCGUGGCGAGGCUCUUCUGGAAGACACCACCUUAAGGUCGUCCUCAGAAUCUGCUGCUGCAUCCACGGCAGCGCAGACUGCCUUGCCAGAUCGGGAUGGCCCACCACUGGACCAUCACUUUGCGGCGUUCGUGCGUUCCAGGAACUUUUUGACCGGCAACAUCUCUGAAAAGGUGCCCAUCUCAAUCUCCUGCGCCGUGCAGGUCAGGUUUGUACCUGACAUGAUUCAGAGGGUCUAUUUGUCGUUCGGCAGCUUUGAGGCAGCGAGGCAACGCUAUCUCCUUCUGGCCGGCAAUGUCGUGAGCAACACUGCUCAAGAGUACACCCCCACCGACUUCUGGUCAAAGCGUGAUGUAAUUGCUGCCAGGAUGCUUUACAAGAUCAAUCACACCCUUUGGCAUCAAGGGUAUGUUGAAGCCAUGCAAUUUGAGAUCAUGAAGGUCGAUUUCGCCAAACAGUUUGAGGAUUCGAUUACCGCUGUCCAGGUGGCGGAGCAGGCCAAAGUGGUGAAUGAGUACGAGCAGCAGGUUCAGCAGGUUGUGCAGCACAUCUCCGUGUUGCAAUCCGAAAAUCAGGCUGCCAUCGCCAACAUCUCGGCGGGCGCGGAAGCCAAAGCCAAGGAGAUCAAGGCUGCCGCAAGGAGAGAUGCCUUCAACCUGAAGCAGGGCAUGAAGGCUGAGUCCUUCGCAGAUGGGCGAGUACUUCAAAGUGAAAUCAGUUCAAGGGCAGAGCAGCCAGGGCAAGGUGGAGCUCAGGGGGCCUCGUUCAGCACACCCGGAAGCAGUGCAGCUCACAACCCGUUCGAGGUGAAGAUCCCCAAGUUCCUUGAGUGGCUCGAGUACAACGAAGAAGAUCAGAGCGAGAACUCGAUCAUCAUGGUCGACGAUCGCGACUGGAGGAUGGUGUCACCCUUCCAAUCGUGGUUGACCAAGGAGAUCAUGUCGAACGCAGCAAGCUCGAUCAAUGUGCUGACAGAGCGGGACCAGGUCAAGCCGCCCAGUUCUGGGUUCCAUCUGUCGUUGUUUGCCAACUACACGCUGGAUGGGAUCAAGGCAGUGCUGGUGGUGUCGAUCGACACGGAGACGGGCGCCACAAAUGCGGCAUGGGAUCGCCACACUGCAACAGCUCUGGCACACCCCGCUUUUCAGCCUUUCACGUGGCCCUUGCUCCGUGACACUUCGGCCUCGUACACUGAUGUCAAAGUGUACAAUGGGAAUGAGAUCCUCUUUCACUGGAUCUUCAGGGGCUAUCGCGCCGACACGGACUUGACAGUCCAGCAGCAGUUCGUUGACGAGGUGCUGGUUCGUGAGGCGAAUAGGGGAAAGCCUAGGCUCUCCAUCGUGGUGGCUUCGUUCAUGGGAUGGAGGGUCACUGUUUUCUCGUUCGAGUGCGGCGGCCGGACCUAUUCGGUUGGGCCAAAUGGAGCUGUCGUGGCAGGUGACCAUGCUCGCUCGAGAUUUGAGCUCAGGGUUUGCAGCAGAUCCUCACCUGACGCAAUGGGCAAUGACGCAGAUCGAGUCGAGUUCCGUUUCAGGGACGCCAACAACCGGCUCGACCUCAAGUGUGCUCGCACUUCGGUUCCGGGGACUUGGCUCACUGUGUCACACAUCUCCGGGCCGGCUCUGAUUCAGACCAUCCAGAAUGUUCGCCAAGCUCGGGCGCGGGUGGAGGGGCCUGAGCACACUGAGCAGUUCGCUCAGCUUGCAGCAGUUCACCAAGCUUGGAGGGAGAAUGCGGUCGCAUCGACUGCGCAGGAGGUGGGCUCGAUCACUGACUUCAUCGGCGACCUCGAGAAGGGGAAUUUCCACAUCACGUGCACCUCCAAGCUCUGGGUUGCCGUGCCGGAAGUCGUGAACCAGCGAGCUCUCGCUGAGAUGCAGCAUGAGGGAAUGGGUCGAGUGGCUCCGAUCGGCCCACCAGCUCUCACUGGUGCAGCAUGGGGUCAUGCGGCUGCUGAGGCCAAUUCGAGCAGGGAGGCAUCGGUCGCUGGCCUAUCCACGCAGGCUCAGGCGGACUAUGAGCUCUCGCGCCGGGCUCUCAACAAGGCUGAGGUCUGGUCCACUGGGCAUGAGCCUGAUGACGAACGUGAUCAGGCACGCCUGGACCGGAGGUACGCUCGCUCCUCGGCAGCCGUGACGCCUGGUGUUUUCGCGGCUCAGAUCUCUCAGAAGAGGUUCAAUGAGACCACAGCCACGAUCGAGGAGUUGGAUCUGCCGCCUGCCGACCUGGAGCUGCCGCAUCCGGCUCCAGCCAAGUCGCCAACUGUGGUUCCGGUUUCUCAGCCGUAUACACAGGCAUCGGCUGCUCAGCCAGCAGACGAAAGCCGGGACUCGGCACCGACGACGGAUCCGGUCUCGUCAGAUCCUCAGUGGGUGGUGGCGACCAAGAUCCCUGGUUGCUAUGGAGAGAGCGGGGGCGCGAUGGCCCCUCUGUCGGGGCUCUCCGGGUCUUCGCGCGUGCUCGCCGCAGAUCCCGUGGUGGGCGCGCCGAAGAAACCCAGGUUGAACUGCGCCGCAACUCCCGUUCAUUCAUUGCAGUCGGCCGAAGAGAAAGAACGUAGCAAGUGGGCAGAUCGCCUACGGAUCAUCGCUGGCAAGGCCGGGGCGCACGCCGAGAUCAACCGGUGUGUGCUGGGCGGUGAUGCCAGCGCUCGUGAUGAGCGAGCGUUGAGGUCUCUGGUUUUUCAAACUGGGGCAUUUCGCACGAUCCGUCAGAACGUGCUAGUGUGGGAGAAGAUGGAGCGAUGGGCGCUAGAUCACAGCUGCACCGUCUACCCCCUCACCACUGAGGUUGGGGCCUUGAUCGAAAAGGUCUAUACCGACCGAGGCAAGGAGCUCAAGGAAGCGCCGCCCGUUCCGAUGCCGGUGGUGCUAGCUCUCGAGCAUCUUGUGGAAGUCCUGAUCAGUGAGGGAAAGAUCCCAGCAGCCGUUUUUGUUUGGUGGGCGCAAAUUUUAAUUUACGCGUCGCUCAGAUGGGACGACGGUAAGCGUGUGGCGCCCACAUCUCUGAAUUUCACGUCAGAUGCUUUGCUCGGCGUGAUCUGGCAAACUAAGGUAGAGCGGAGAAGAAAGGGCACGAGAUUUGCCGUGCCGUUCUGCUCUCUCUCUGGUGUGCCAUGGCUCGAGCUAGGCUGGCGAGUUUUUCAGGAUUUUAUCGAUGAUCGUGAUUUCUUCCUUUGGGAUCUCUCUAGCGAAACCAAGUUCGACAGCGUUCCAAUUUCAUACCCGCGAAGUGCCAUGUGGCUGCAAUUCUUUUUGCCACGGGCGCUCGAAGUCGCCUGCCACGAUCGUGUCCUGACACCGGAUCAGGUAGAGGACCAACCAGAGGUGGUCGAGCCCGAGAUUCCGGAAUUCGUCGUUCGCUCGACCUUGCCCUCGAAGGUCCGCAAAGAGGCAGAGAGCCAAUCCGACAAGGUCGAACACGUCGACAAGUCAGCAGCCUCUCCCAGCAAAAAGAAGAGGAAGCGCCAGAUCGAGCGCCUGCGAGAGCAGCUCAAACAGAGCUCAGCCAAAGGGGCGAAGGUCGAUCGCCCUACCCCUCCGGACAAAGACAAGCGAAUCCCGUCGUCGGAGUGGCAGAGCAUCACCACAGGCAUCUCCGCCUCUCUGACAGAUCCGGAGUGGAAGUGGGGCUCUAUGGCAGUGCCCAAGUCGGGCAAGUUUUUCCUUGAGGUUUUUGUAGGAGAGGCAGUUUUGACCAGGGCUAUGUCAGCUCUCAAUUUUCCAGUUCUACCACCCAUUGAGCUCACUCCGCAUGAGUUCGUCCGCCAGCCAACUGAUGUCACAGAUGCUGCAGUCGUAGCUCACGUCCAGUUGCUGAUGGAACAAGGGUUCAUCUUUUACAUCCAUUUUGGUACUCCGUGCUCGUCAUUUAGCCUGGCACGGAAAAACGAUGGGGGCCCUCCUCCGCUGCGCUCGCAACGGGCGUUGUGGGGUCUGCCUCAUCUUUCAGUUCGUGACCAAGCAAAGUUGGAGAUCGGGAACCAUUUGAUGCAGCUCACAGUCAAGUUUGCUCUAAUAGCUCACCGGUCAGGCACUCAUUGGUCCAUUGAAAACCCACUGGGUUCCUACCUGUGGGCCAUGCCGCCAAUGGUUGAGCUCCACAGGCAGACAAGCUCCAAGCGUGUGGAAUUUGACAUGUGCCGUUUCGGCGCUCCACACCUCAAGCCAACCGCUCUGCUUACAUCACUCAACCUCGAUCAGCUAGCACAGCGGUGUGAUCAGCAUGUGCGCCCACACCACCAUGAGGCGCUCCAUGGCACCGUGAUCGUCCAAGGCAAGCAGGUCUUCAGAACCCGCCUCGCUCAGGUCUACCCGGCUGAGCUUUGCCGCCAAUGGGCGGUGGCAGCGGUUCACCCAGAAGACCCCCUGGCUCUCACGUUCACCAUGGUCACCCCAGCCAGCGAGCGGAAGCGUCCGCUCGGACAGCCAGUUCCAUGGCGGCCACACCGGCAACAGCUUACAGCAGAGAAAGCAACUUCAGCCGGCUACCAGCUCAAGCGUUCGGCUUUGCCUCCAUUGCUCGACACCGAGCUGGAACCAGGCACCGCUGUUCAGCAAGCCUUGAAUACAGUUCAUCCUUUUUCCAGAUCCACAGCCAUCGAACCGGAUCUCCAGGAGCCCCUGGCUCUUGCGGUGUACCACCCCGAGUGGCUCCGGACACAACGCGCUCGUGCUCUCCUUCACUGGGAGGCUCGGGCUCACCAGUUGUUGCCCGCCACGGAUGCAAUUCUGCGGGCCAUUCCAGACACCUGGCUCCGCCACUUGCU